AUGCAUCUCAACGGUAUUGAUGCCGAGGAUCAAGCUCAGUUGGAGAGGAGUAUAUCUGAUGAAGAAAUGCUUUCAGCUCUUAAAACGUUGGGUCAGGAUAGAGCCCCUGGUCCUGACGAGUUCCAAGAAAAUGUUGAGGAAGUUAAAGACCUAAGACCUAUUAGCCUCACUAAUUCUGUCUACAAGGAUGUUUCUAAAGUCCUUGCGGAAAUAUUAAAACCUCUUUUGCACAAGUUGAUAUCUAAUCAUCAAUCCGCUUUUGUGAAAGGCAGGCAAAUCCUUGACAGUGUUUUGAUUGCCAAUGAAUGUUUAGAUUCCAUAUUGAAGUCUAAUAUUUGGGGAAUUAUCUGCAAGAUUGACCUAGAGAAGGCGUUCAACAAUGUUAGAUGGUCCUUUGUGGCUGAAUUCCUUGUCAGAAUUGGGUUUGGUGCUGUUUGGAGAAAGUGGAGUGCUGGUCGUACACAAAGAGUCCCAUUUUCUGUUCUUGUGAAUGGUAGCUCUUGUGGAAAGUUAACUAGUCAAAAGUGUUUGCAUCAAGGUGAUACACUCUUACCUUUUCUCUUCUUGUUGGUCUCGAAAUUUCUCAUCACUAUGUUCUCUAAGGCUGCAGAGGUUGGUUGGCUCGAUGUUUAG